AUGGAGGCCGGAGUUCGCUCACAGAAGGAGCAGAUGCCCCCAAGGCCAGGGGCCCUGGCUCAGGAGGAGAGAUUCUGGUUGCGCCUGCAGGAGGAGCGGGUGACGGUGCAGGAGGGCCAGUGCGUCCUCGUGCCCUGCAACGUCUCCUACCCCAAGGAGCACGGCCCAGCUUACGGCUACUGGUACAGGGACAAGGGAGAGUGUCAGGGUACACAGGGUGACCUGGUGGCCACAAACGACCCAAAUGGAAAGGUGCAUGAGACCCAGACCCCGCAGCGAUUCCACCUACUGGGGGGCCCCUGGAACGACAGCUGCUCCCUGGACAUCAGAGACACGCGGAGAGGGGACACGGGGACCUACUACUUCAGGGUGGAGAGAGGGGGUCAUGUGAGACAUAAUUACUGUGAUCAGCGGCUCUCUGUAAACGUGACAGCGCUGACCCACAGGCCGGACAUCCACCUCCAGGGGCCCCUCCAGUCCGGCCGGCCCAGGAACAUCACCUGUGCGGCGCCCUGGGCCUGUGAGAGGGAGACACCCCCCACCUUCUCCUGGACGGGGGUUGGCCUCGGCGCCACGAGCACCGACUCCCCGGUGCUCACCCUCAGCCCGGGGCCCCAGCACCACGGCUCCAACCUCACCUGCCGGGUGACCUUCCCCGCAGUGAACGUGAGCACAGAGACCACCGUCCGGCUCAGCGUGGGCUAUGCGCCCCAGAACCUGACCAUCCAGGUGAUCAGGGAAGAAGGUUCAGGGCCUGAAGCACUGGGCAAUGGCUCCUCUCUCCCGGUGCAGGAGGGCCAGUCCCUGCGCCUGGCCUGUGUGGUCCACAGCAGCCCUCCCACCAAUCUGACGUGGGUCUGGGGGAGCCAGAUGGUGAAGUCCUCUCCAAGCCUACACUCCGUGGGUGCGGUUGGCACAUGGGAGCACCCCCAGACCCUGGAGCUGGAGCUGGCCAGGGUGCGCCUGGAGGACCACGGGAAACUCCUCUGCUGCGCUGAGAACCCCCUGGGCUCCCAGGAGGCCUCCCUGAGUCUCUCUGUGGAGAGGGCACCAGGAACCUGGAUGUGGUUCAUUCUGGGGGCCGUCGGGGGAGCAGGAGUCUCAGCCCUGCUUGGGUUCUGCCUCGGCAUCCUCAUGGUCCCUGGCUCCCCCCCACACACCACGCCAGCUCCCCUCCCCAAACAAGCUCUGGCAAGAAGCUCCCCAACAGCUGUCACUCAGCCCCAGCCCUGCCGCCCCCACAUCCAGGGGCACCAGGGUGGAUCCUGGGCUGACAGCCCCCCACGCCCCCAGGGCCCAGCGGAGGCCCCCUCAGAGGAGGAGCAGGAGCUGCAUUACGCCAACCUCGCAUUCCUCAAGGCAAGCACCAGGGCCUUUCUGGUCCAGGAGACCCCUGAGUACGCCGAGGUCACCGUCCGACAUGGAGCCGCCCUCUCCUGA